AUGCAGUUAUGUAUAUACCGCGUGUAUAACAGAUUUAUCUUUUCAGAACCUUAUUCGGUGUACAGGGUAUCUUUAAAUGGCAUGACAAGUAUUGGAAAUGGUACAGUAGCUCCUCUCACAGCUCGAACCAACCAAUCAAGUAUGUGUACUGUAGUUUUAAUGUAAUGUUUUCAAUUCGUUAGAUUCGUGUAGUCUCUAAUUCCUAACUGGGUGUGUUAAUACGGUAUCAUCAGCGACAGUGAUGUCUUCACAAAAUAGGUUAUUAACUAGAGUAUAAACUAGAGUAUAGUUAAGAUGUAUUCAUAAAUUACGGGAACCACUGAGUAGACCUAUUUCAUAAUAUACACAACACCGAAUAUUAAAAGCAUUUUUAUUUUCUACGUUUCGACUACAUUUCAGGCAUCUUCAGGAAUGGGUUAAAUUAGAUGUAUAACAAUGUCUUAUACAGCGAACUAUCGGUGCACUGUCGGACCGGUGUUCUAUUGAGCUCACUAUAACUGUAUAUAACAUAUUGUUAAAGAUGUAAUUUAAUCCAUUCCUGCAUGAAGAUAAUUAAAAUAUAGUCGAAACGUAGAAAAUGAAAAUGCUUUCAAUAUUCGGAGUUACCGUUGUUGUGUAUCUUAUACGUAUUGAUAAGGUUCUUGGAUAUCGUUUGGAUAUAAGGUUUUGGGAACGGUAUCAAAGAACUGAAAAGGAAAACUAUAGGCAAUGCACUUCAAAAUUGAUUGUUAAUACGAAAUUGACAAGUUUUCCUGUGCGAAUCUGGGAAUGGAUUCUUAAGUUAUACCACAGAAAACUUUUGUAAGUUUUGCAUUGUUGUUUUUUCAGGUGAGUGCUGAGGAAUUUAGGUUUUGUGUGCCUGUUGUGGCCCGCCCUAGAUAUUUGUAUUGUUUCUUUGAAUUUAUUGUACAAAAGAAAAAAUAUAUAUAAUCAAUAACUUGUUAGGUCUUAAACUUUACGAUAAGUUUAAAGGGUAAUAAACAUUCGCGACGUUACAUUGCAACAUGAAACAUACUCCGAAUAGUAGAAGCUUGUCAUCGGAGUUUCAAUGCAAGUAGACUACGUAAGUAAUUGUCUUUUUGUGUUUCUCCCAUAGCACCUGGUAAGCCUGGAAGCGUUCAGCUGGAACGUAUUUCGUCAACAGAACUCUAUCUAACCUGGACGUCACCAUCUGACCCUAACGGGGUUAUUAUCGGAUACAGGAUUGUCUGGAGCAUUCUGAGAGAUGACAAGAAUAUGUCUGUUUCUAACAGUGUUUCAAAGACUGAAAUCAUAAAUAAUGGAAGUACAGCAUCGUUUGGGAUAGACAAAUUAGGUAAGCAUGGUGGUGCAGGUGACUUUGCAAUACUUUUUUAUAUCAUCUUGUAAAUGCCGUUGGUACAAGCAAAAUUUUUAAAGAAACCCUAAGAUUGACGUUUACAGAAAACUGCUGGUAUUAGAAUAAUUUGCCAAUGAUAUAUAUGUUUUUAUAUAUGAGAUCAUAUUGGAAGUGCAAUAAGCAAUUUUUAUGAUAAGAAAAAAACUGGAAUCCUCACUGUAAAAUUCAGGAUCUCCAGUAGAAAGGUCAAAACGUUUUGUAUGUACUAUUUAAAAAACGAGCAGGAGUGUUUUAUUAGGUUUAAAGCCACGAGCGCGCAGCGCGAGUGGCUUUAGACCUAAUAAAACACGACCUGCGAGUUUUUUAAAUGGCUUCAAAAACGUUUGCAUAAUAAGUCAAAUCUUUAUAUAAAAAUUUUUAUAUAAAAAUCUUUAUAUAAAAAUCUUUAUAUAAAAAUCUUUAUAUAGUUUGCAUAACAAUGGUCUUUUGUUAAAGUGUUCUUUAGCUGGUAUAAAGACGUAUGCACGUGACUAAUUUCCUACUCAAGAUUGGAUAAUUGCUUCAUGAAUUAUUAAUGAGUUUUUGAAGUAUAUAUGCAGUUUUAUAUACCGCGUGUAUAACUGAUUUAUCUUUUCAGAACCUUAUUCGGUGUACAGGGUAUCUUUAAAUGGCAUGACAAGUAUUGGAAAUGGUACAAUAGUUACUCUCACAACUCGAACCAACCAAUCAAGUAUGUGUACUGUAGUUUUAAUGUAUAAUGUUUUCAAUUCGUUAGAUUCAUGCAGUCUCUAAUUCCUAACUGCAUGGGUGUGUUAAUGCGGUAUCAUCAGCGACAGUGAUGUCUUCACAAAAUAGGUUAUUAACUAGAGUAUAAUCUAGAGUAUAGUGAAGAUGUAUUCAUAAAUUACGGGAACCACUGAAUAUUUUCAUAAUAUACACAACACCGAAUAUUAAAAGCAUUUUUAUUUUCUACGUUUCGACUACAUUUCAGGCAUCUUCAGGAAUGGGUUAAAUUAGAUGUAUAACAAUGUCUUAUACAGUGGACUAUUGGUGCACUAUCGGUGUUCUAUUGAGCUCACUAUAACUGUAUAUAACAUACUGUUAAAGAUGUAAUUUAAUCCAUUCCUGCAUGAAGAUAAUUAAAAUAUAGUCGAAACGUAGAAAAUGAAAAUGCUUUCAAUAUUCGGACUUACCGUUGUUGUGUAUCUUACGUAUUGAUAAGGUUCUUGGAUAUCGUUUGGAUAUAAGGUUUUGGGAACGGUAUCAAAGAACUGAAAAGGAAAACUAUAGGCAAUGCACUUCAAAAUUGAUUGUUAAUAUGAAAUUGACAAGUUUUCCUGGGCAAAUCUGGGAAUGGAUUCUUAAGUUAUACCACAGGAAAAUUUUGUAAGUUUUGCAUUGUUGUUUUUCAGGUGAAUGCUGAGGAAUUUAGGUUUUGUGUGCCUGUUGUGGCCCGCCCUAGAUAUUUGUCUUGUUUCUUUGAAUUUAUUGUACAAAUGGAAUAAAAUAUAAUCAAUAACUUGUUAGGUCUUAAACUUUACGAUAAGUUUAAAGGGUGAUAAACAUUCGCGACGUUACAUUGCAACAUGAAACAUACUCCGAAUAGUAGAAGCUUGUCAUCGGAGUUUCAAUCGAAGUAAUUUUUUCUUGUUAUAGUUAACUAAAUUUUCUAUUGGAAAUGUUCACACAAUUCGUUCUCCAGAUGAUUCUGAGGGGAUUGCUUCAACAACUGUAUUAGGCUAGAAAUACAUGAAUGCAGAUAUCCUGAGCAACUUCCCUUUUAUUUGUGCAAGUAGACUAAGUAAGUAAUUGGUUUUUUUGUGUUUCUCCAUAGCACCUGGUAAGCCUGGAAACGUUCAGCUGGAACGUAUUUCAUCAACAGAACUCGAUCUAACUUGGACUUCACCAUCUGACCCUAACGGGGUUAUUACCGGAUACAGGAUUGUUUGGAGCAUUCUGAGAGAUGACAAGAAUAUGUCUGUUUCUAACAGUGUUUCAAAGACUGAAAUCAUACAUAAUGCAAGUACAGUAUCGUUUCGGAUAGAAAAAUUAGGUAAGCAUGGUGGUGCAGGUGACUGUGCAAUACUUUUUUAUAUCAUCUUGUAAAUGCCGUUGGUAAAAGCAAAAUUAUUAAAGAAACCCUAAGAUUGACGUUUACAGAAAACUGCUAUGUAUAUGAAAAUAAUUUUCCAGUGAUACAUAUGUUUUUAUAUAUGAGAUCAUAUUGGAAGUGCAAUAAGCAAUUUUUAUGAUAAGAAAAAAACUGGAAUCCUCGCUGUAAAAUUCAGGAUCUCAUGCAGUAGAAAGGUCAGAACGUUUGAUAAGAGCCUCACAUUUUGUAUGUAGGCCUAUAUAUGCAGUUUUAUAUACCGCGUGCAUGUAUAUAACUCAUUUAUCUUUUCAGGACCUUAUUCGAUGUACAGCGUAUCUUUGAAUGCCAUGACAAGAAUUGGAAAUGGUACAGUAGUUACUCUCACAGCUCGAACCAACCAAUCAAGUAUGUGUACUGUAGUUUCAAUGUACUGUUUUUAAUUCGUUAGACUCUUGCAGUGUCUAAUUCCUAACUGGGUGUGUUAAUGCGGUAUCAUCAGCGACAAUGAUAUCUGCGGAAAAUAGUAUAAUAUUAGUAUUCUCUUUUACAUACGUUUAUUUCUAAUACCAACUGCACGCUACAAAUACUAAUCAGUAAUGAUUUUAUGUGCUCUCAGGUCACAUGACUAUAUCUGUCACUCAAGUCUAUGACAUCACUACACCAUUCCCUUUGUUUUAA